CCUUCCUCUCCCCCGUUUGUUGUUUGAUGUUUCCCACUCUUUGAGGAAGAAUGGUUGAUUUGGAGAGCGAAGUGCCCCCUCUGCCUCCCAGGUACAGGUUUCGGGAUUUGCUGCUAGGGGACCAAGGAUGGCAAAACGACGACAGAGUACAAGUUGAAUUCUAUAUGAACGAAAACACAUUUAAAGAGAGAUUAAAGUUAUUUUUCAUUAAAAACCAGAGAUCAAGUCUAAGGAUACGCCUGUUCAACUUUUCUCUCAAAUUAUUAAGCUGCUUAUUAUAUAUAAUCCGAGUGCUACUAGAAAACCCUUCACAAGGAAAUGAGUGGUCUCAUAUCUUUUGGGUGAACAGAAGUCUACCUUUAUGGGGCUUACAGGUAUCAGUGGCAUUGAUAAGUCUAUUUGAAACAAUACUACUUGGUUAUCUGAGUUAUAAGGGAAACAUCUGGGAACAGAUUUUAAGAAUACCCUUCAUCUUGGAAAUAAUUAAUGCAGUUCCCUUCAUUAUCUCAAUAUUCUGGCCUUCCUUGAGGAAUUUAUUUGUUCCAGUAUUUCUAAACUGUUGGCUUGCCAAACAUGCCUUGGAAAAUAUGAUUAAUGAUCUACAUAGAGCCAUUCAGCGUACGCAGUCUGCAAUGUUUAACCAAGUUUUGAUUUUGAUAUCUACGUUACUAUGCCUUAUCUUCACCUGCAUUUGUGGAAUCCAACAUUUGGAACGAAUAGGAAAGAAGCUGAAUCUCUUUGAUUCCCUUUAUUUCUGCAUUGUGACGUUUUCUACUGUGGGCUUCGGGGACGUCACUCCUGAAACGUGGUCUUCCAAGCUUUUUGUUGUUGCUAUGAUCUGUGUUGCUCUUGUGGUUUUACCCAUACAGUUCGAACAGCUGGCCUAUUUGUGGAUGGAGAGACAAAAGUCAGGUGGCAAUUAUAGUCGACAUAGAGCUCAGACUGAAAAGCAUGUUGUUCUGUGCGUCAGCUCACUGAAGAUUGAUUUACUUAUGGAUUUUUUAAAUGAAUUCUAUGCUCAUCCAAGACUACAGGAUUAUUAUGUGGUGAUUUUGUGUCCUACUGAAAUGGAUGUGCAAGUUCGAAGGGUAUUACAGAUUCCAAUGUGGUCUCAAAGAGUUAUCUACCUUCAGGGUUCCGCUCUUAAAGAUCAGGAUCUGCUGAGAGCAAAGAUGGAUGAUGCCGAGGCCUGUUUUAUUCUGAGCAGCCGUUGUGAAGUAGAUAGGACAUCAUCUGAUCAUCAGACUAUUUUGAGGGCAUGGGCUGUAAAAGAUUUUGCUCCAAAUUGUCCUUUGUAUGUCCAGAUAUUAAAGCCAGAAAAUAAAUUCCAUAUCAAAUUUGCUGAUCAUGUUGUUUGUGAAGAAGAAUUUAAAUACGCCAUGUUAGCUUUAAACUGUAUUUGCCCAGCAACAUCUACACUUAUUACACUACUGGUUCAUACCUCUAGAGGGCAAGAAGGCCAGCAAUCGCCAGAACAGUGGCAGAAGAUGUACGGUAGAUGCUCUGGGAAUGAAGUUUACCACAUUGUUUUGGAAGAAAGUACAUUUUUUGCUGAAUACGAAGGAAAGAGUUUUACAUAUGCCUCUUUCCAUGCACACAAAAAGUUUGGUGUCUGCUUGAUUGGUGUUAGGAGGGAAGACAAUAAAAACAUUUUGUUGAAUCCAGGUCCUCGUUACAUUAUGAAUGCUACAGACAUAUGUUUUUAUAUUAAUAUUACCAAAGAAGAGAAUUCAGCAUUUAAGAACCAAGACCAGCAGAGAAAUAGCAAUGUACCAAGAUCAUUUUAUCAUGGACCUUCCAGGUUACCUGUACAUAGCAUAAUUGCCAGCAUGGGUACUGUGGCUAUAGAUUUGCAAGACACAAGCUGUAGAUCAGCAAGUGGUCCUACCCUGUCUCUUCCUGUAGAGGGAAGCAAAGAAUUAAGAAGACCUAGCAUUGCUCCUGUUUUAGAGGUUGCAGAUACAUCAUCAAUUCAAACAUGUGAUCUUCUGAGUGACCAAUCAGAAGAUGAAACUGCACCAGAUGAAGAAAUUUCUUCAAAUUUAGACUAUGCUAAAGGCUACCCACCCUACUCUCCAUAUAUAGGAAGUUCACCCACUUUUUGUCAUCUUCUUCAGGAAAAAGUGCCAUUUUGCUGCUUAAGGUUAGACAAGAGUUGCCAGCAUAACUACUAUGAGGACGCAAAAGCCUAUGGAUUCAAAAAUAAACUAAUUAUAGUUGCAGCUGAAACAGCUGGAAAUGGAUUGUAUAAUUUUAUUGUUCCUCUCAGGGCAUAUUAUAGACCAAAGAAAGAACUUAAUCCCAUAGUACUGCUUUUGGAUAACCCCCUAGAUGAUUUGCUCAGGUGUGGAGUGACCUUUGCUGCCAAUAUGGUGGUUGUGGAUAAGGAGAGCACCAUGAGUGCCGAGGAGGAUUACAUGGCAGAUGCCAAAACCAUUGUAAAUGUGCAGACUCUUUUCAGGUUGUUUUCGAGUCUCAGUAUUAUCACAGAGCUUACUCACCCAGCAAACAUGAGAUUCAUGCAGUUCAGAGCCAAAGACUGCUAUUCCCUUGCUCUUUCAAAACUGGAAAAGAAAGAACGGGAGAGAGGUUCUAAUUUAGCCUUCAUGUUUCGACUGCCUUUUGCCGCUGGAAGGGUUUUUAGCAUCAGUAUGUUGGACACUCUUCUAUAUCAGUCAUUUGUAAAGGAUUAUAUGAUUUCUAUCACUAGACUCCUGUUGGGACUGGACACUAUACCAGGAUCAGGGUUUCUUUGUUCUAUGAAAAUCACCGAGGAUGACUUAUGGAUCAGAACGUAUGCCAGACUUUAUCAGAAGCUGUGUUCUUCUACUGGGGAUGUUCCCAUUGGAAUCUACAGGACAGAAUCUCAGAAACUCACUACAUCUGAGUCCCAAAUAUCUAUCAGUGUGGAAGAUUGGGAAGACACCAAAGACUCCAAAGAGCAAGGCCACCACCGAAGUAACCACCGCAACUCCACCUCCAGUGACCAGUCAGACCACCCCUUGCUGCGGAGAAAGAGCAUGCAGUGGGCCCGGAGGCUAAGCAGAAAGGGUCCCAAGCACUCUGGUAAAACAGCUGAAAAAAUAACCCAGCAGCGACUGAACCUCUACAGAAGGUCAGAAAGACAAGAGUUGGCUGAACUUGUGAAAAAUAGAAUGAAACACUUGGGUCUUUCUACAGUGGGAUAUGAUGAAAUGAAUGAUCAUCAAAGUACCCUCUCCUACAUCCUGAUUAACCCAUCUCCAGAUACCAGGCUUGAACUCAAUGAUGUUGUAUACUUAAUCCGACCAGAUCCUCUGGCUUACCUUCCAAAUAGUGAACCCAGUCGGAAAAACAGCAUCUGCAAUGCCACUAAUCAAGACUCAAGGGAGGAAACUCAACUUUGAUAAAAGGAAAAUAAGAGACUACUUUUUCCUAUAAGGAUCUUGCUUGAAACAGCAAAAGUGUUGCAGAAAUUAAAAGAAACUAUACUGAAAUAUAUUUAACUCUUUCCUACUAAAGCAAAAAUCUAUUCUCUUAGAAGUAUAGAUCAUUUUGAAACUCUAUGUAUUAUUUAUUGGUACUUCCCCUAUUACUACUUAAAAGACAACAGUGGAAUGAAUCUGAAAACCAAAAGUAAAACAAAAAAAAAUUAAAUCUGAUAUUCAACUCUUUGACAAUAACUUGAACUAUAUGAAGCCACCUUAACAAAAAUUAAGGUUUUAUGAAGUAAUGAAAAAUUUUAGUAUUUGGUAUGUCCCAAAGGACA